UUCAAAUUAGUCGAGAAUUGUGGUACACCUCACUCAACACAAUCGGACAUCACAUCAAAUGUCGUGGGCGGGAGUGAUGCGGCACCGGGAGAGUUCCCGUGGCAAGUGGAUGAGUUGAUGUUGAAGCUACCUCUACUCUGUCCAAUUAUAACAUGGCUCUUAUGGGUGCUAACGGCUGCCCAUUGUGUCAAAGAUAUGCCCGACAAAGACAAAUACAAGAUUCGUUUGGGAGUUCAUAACCGCACUGCUCAUGAGGAAUCCGAAGUUGUUAUAAAGGCUCAAAAGUUAAUUCAACAUGAACACUACAAACCGAACAUCACACUCAAUGACAUCGCUUUAAUCAAAAUGAGUGAAACACUGGACUUCAAAGGAAAACACAAACAUUUGGCUCCUAUUUGUUUGCCAAACACUUCCACUAAAGCCACCGACAAGUGUGUGGCCACAGAGCAACGACAGCCGCAAAUACUACAAAAAGUGGCCGAACCUAUAGAUGAGGACAGUGUCUGUGCAACUAUUUAUUCACCGGUAUACAAUAGUACUGUAGAGUUAUGUGGUGGCAGUGGUAAGGGAAAAGGUGUCUGCACCGGUGAUUCCGGGGGACCACUGCAAUGUGUGGCCAGUGAUGGCAAGUGGUAUCAGUUUGACACAGCACCGGGAGAGUUCCCGUGGCAGGUCAUCAUUGCCUCGUCCAAUGCCACCACACCUGAUGCCAGAGACUUCUGCGGGGGAACCAUAAUCAACGAGAAUUGGAUCCUAACGGCUGCUCAUUGUGUCGAUUAUAUCAUAGAUGUGACCAAUUAUUACAUCCGUUUAGGUGUUCACAACCGGACAGCACAUGAGUCCACAGAAGUGGACAUCAAACUCAAAAAGCUGAUUAUAAACCCGGAUUGGGUGGGGCCUCCACUUUAUAAUAACGACAUCGCGUUAAUCAAAUUGAACACACAUAAGGCUAUAAUCCUGCAGAAAGUGAAUGAACCCAUAUUUGACUCCAAACGAUGUGCUGAAGUCUGGACCGAUAUAUACAACGAAACCACCGAAAUAUGCGCCGGAGGUACCAAAACUGGCGGAACGGGAGUCAUAUUUGGCGAUUCUGGUGGACCACUACUAUGUCAGUCCAGUGACAAUACGUGGUAUCAGUUAGGGGUGACAUCAUUUUGUCUUAUCCACUCGGCCACACCUAAUAUUCCGGACGGUUUCGCUAAAGUCUCACAUUUUCUUAGUUGGAUUGAAGACGUUAUUAAAAAUAAUUAA